AUGGGGCAACAGCCUGCCCUGGAGUUCAGUGCUCGGGUAGACCAGAGCCAGCCCCUUCAUUCCUCAGUGUCUGUCCUGCACCAGCCACAAGGCGGGCCCGUGGCUCAGGUGUCAGGACCAGGGAGAGGCCAGGGUCCCAAAAGCGAGAGUCCCUGUGCCUCCCUUGAUCCAGAGCCCCGGGGUGGUCCCACCCCCGCGGGCACGCGGGUCUCCCCAGGACGCCCGGAGAAACCGACGGAGCCGUGCGCGCCGCCGGGGCUGGAGGAGGCGCUGAGCGCGCUGGGGCUGCAGGGAGAGCGCGAGUACGCCGGGGACAUCUUCGCCGAGGUCAUGGUGUGCCGUGCGCUGCCCCGGAGGGCCCUGCCCCGCCCUGUGACCCCGGAGAUGCGCGCGCUGGUGGUGGACUGGCUGGUCCAGGUGCACGAGUACCUGGGCCUGGCGGGGGACACGCUCUACCUGGCCGUGCACCUGCUGGAUUCCUACCUGCGCGCCGGCCGAGUGCGCCUCCACCGCCUGCAGCUGCUGGGCGUGGCCUGCCUGUUUGUGGCGUGCAAAAUGGAAGAGUGCGUGCUUCCGGAGCCGGAGUUCCUCUGCCUCCUGGGCGCCUGGUCCUUCUCGCGGGCGGAGCUGCUGCGCGCCGAGCGCCGCAUCCUGAGCCGCCUGGACUUCCGGCUGCAUCACCCGGGCCCGCUGCUGUGCCUCGGGCUGCUGGCCGCGCUGGCCGGGAGCAGCGCCCAGGUGACGCGGCUGGCUACCUACUUCCUGGAGCUGUCCCUGCUGGAGGCUGAGGCCGCGGGAUGGGAGCCGGGCCGCCGCGCAGCUGCGGCUCUGAGCCUGGCGCACCGCGUGGUGGACGGGGCGGGCUCCAGGCCCGAGCCGGCGCUUUACAGCCCUGCCGAGCUGGACGCCCUGGAGCCGUGCAUGGCCCGCGCCGCGCUCCGAGGCCCCGCGCCCGGCCGCGCCGCCGUCUUCCUGAAGUACGCGCGGCCCCAGCGCCAGGGCACCAGCCUCGCCGCCGCGCGCCUGCUCCGCCGCCUGCAACCUGGGCGCCCGCAGAGCGCCGGAACCCAGUAA